AUGGAUCCAACGAUUCUCUGGUUUGCACAGCAGUCUGGAAAGGCAAGGAAGAAAAGACACUCUUUCAUACCUCCCAAUGAUCCUUUAUUCCCCAAGCAGUGGCAUCUGAGUGAUUCAUUUGGUCACAACAUUGUGGCAGCAUGGGCUCGUGGGUACACAGGCAAGGGCGUGGUCGUGUCAGUACUGGAUGAUGGGAUAGAGAAAAACCACCCAGAUCUUGCUGAAAAUUAUGAUCCUGCAGCUAGCUAUGACAUGAAUGACAUUGAUCCAAACCCAGAUCCACGUCCUACGCGUAACAAUAAGAACAGGCAUGGAACAAGAUGUGCUGGACAGAUCGCAUCAGUAGCAAACAACAGUGUGUGUGGUGUCGGCGUGGCAUAUCAUGCUAAAAUCGGAGCUAUACGGAUGUUGGAUGGACAUGUGACCGACUUGGUGGAGGCCAAAUCUCUCAUCUUUAAUCAGCAUCAUAUCAACAUCUACAGCUCCAGCUGGGGCCCACCAGACACUGGUUCAGUAGUGGAUGGGCCAGGAUUUCUAGCACAGGAAGCCCUCAUCAGGGGAGUGAGCCUGGGCCGUGGCGGCUUGGGUUCCAUUUUCAUCUGGGCCUCUGGGAACGGCGGCAUGUACAGGGACAACUGCAACUGUGAUGGUUAUGCCAACAGCAUAUACACAUUGACCGUGAGCAGCACCACAGAGAGGGCAGCCGUGCCCAGCUACAGUGAACCCUGUGCAGCAGUGCUGACCACAACCUACAGUGGGGGUGAUGGCAAGCAGAAGAAGAUUGUGACCACUGACUUGAAUGGGUCCUGUACCUCUGACCAUACUGGGACAUCAGCUUCAGCACCCCUGGCAGCAGGGAUCAUUGCUCUGGCUUUAGAAGCAAACCCCACGCUUACCUGGCGUGAUGUGCAACACCUGGUUGUGCGUGCAUCCAGACGCUCCAAUCUGAGGGCGGAGGACUGGGCCAUGAAUGGAGUAGGGAGAUAUGUCAGCCAUUACUAUGGGUAUGGACUUUUGGAUGCUGGAAAACUGGUGGGUUUGGCCAGAAAAUGGAGUGCAGUGAAUUCACAGAAGAAGUGCCAGCAUGAGAUCAUCCGAGAUAUGUCCUACAAGAUCGGAGGCCAUCUUCGCAUCAGUUGGAAUGAGACAGCAUGCAUUUGGGACAGGAAUCGCAUCAGGUCCUUGGAGCAUGUUCAGGCACAGAUCUCAUUAUCGCACAAGCGCCGUGGAGAUCUCACCAUCACACUUUUAUCUCCCUCAGGAACUCGCUCUGACUUGCUUACCAGGAGACAUUCUGAUCGAUCCAACAUUGGAUUCUCUGGUUGGAACUUCAUGAGCACCAGAUGCUGGGAUGAAGAUCCCACUGGAGUUUGGACACUCAUAAUAAGAAAUGUUGGCAAGCCCCACAACAUCGGGAUGUUAACACAUCUACGCAUGAAUUUCUAUGGUACUGAUGAGCACAUGAUUAGACGCCGUGUGGAACGGGCGAUGAUCCAUCAGUGUAGUGUGAGGAGUUCAGAUGGAAGCUGCAAAGAAUGCACCUACCCGCUCUAUGUGUUUGAGAACAUCUGCGUGGUGGCCUGUCCUCCCCACUCUUACGAGUCGGAUGGCAACAGCAGCACAUCCCUCCCCCGCCGCUGCCUGCCGUGUCAUCACAGCUGCCAGACCUGCAGCGGCCCAGAAGGGCCCCACUGCCUGGACUGCCCCCUCCACUCCACAUUCAACCCCCAGCCGGGCACGUGCAGCUCGCCCACCUACUCCUGGGAUGCGCGCAAGAAGGUGCAGGAGGGCUUGGACCGCUCAGCGGCAGUGCUGGGCAUCAUGGUGGGUGCUCCCAUGACGGUUCUGUCCGUUAUGUGGGUGGUGGCCUGGUUGGUGAGCAGAAUGUUGCCCCCCCGCCUCAGCCAGGUGACCUCAGCAGUGCCUCGCAUCCGCACCAACAGCAGCAGCAGCAGCAGUAUUAGUAUCAGUGGCAUUAAUGAGACCUUGGAUAUGGAGAUGGUGGCUGUAAAUGUGACAGAGGACCAGGCAGAAGGGCGUGGUGAGGGCACCGUUCUCAGUGCCGUCCUGGAUGAGAGCAGACAGGCGUGACUUAUUCCAGCCUGUGUUUAAAUGCCCAUAAAAAAAAAACAGUUUGUA